UAGAUUAUAAAAGAAACUAAGGUAAGAUCAUAAUUAAGCUAGCUUAGCCAACCAAUUAAGUUAGACCUUCAUAAUUAAGAAAUAAUGGGUGAUAUAUCAAAUGGAAGCUCAGAAUCAUGCACCUUCAAAAUGCCAGAGAUCAAGUUUACUAAACUUUUCAUCAAUGGAGAAUUUGUUGAUGCAACUUCUGGAAAAAGUUUUGAGACAAUUGAUCCAAGAAAUGGUGAAGUGAUAACAAGAGUUGCAGAAGGAGAUAAGGAAGAUAUCGAUUUGGCUGUAAAGGCUGCUCGUGAAGCCUUUGACCAUGGACCAUGGCCUCGUAUGUCUGGUUAUGCAAGGGGGAGGAUUAUGAUGAAAUUUGCAGACCUAAUCGAAGAACACGUGGAAGAACUAGCGGCGUUGGAUUCAAUAGAUGCAGGAAAACUCUUUACAAUGGGGAAGAUCUUGGACAUCCCAGGUGCAUCCCACUGCUUACGGUACUACGCAGGAGCAGCAGAUAAAAUCCAUGGACAGACGUUGAAGAUGUCACGUGCGAUGCAAGGGUACACCCUAAGAGAACCAAUUGGGGUGGUGGGUCAUAUCAUACCAUGGAAUUACCCAACCACUAUGUUUUUCUUAAAGGUGGCUCCGGCCUUAGCCGCUGGUUGCACCAUGGUGGUCAAGCCGGCUGAGCAAACCCCUCUUUCGGCUCUUUUCUAUGCUCAUCUAUCCAAGUUGGCUGGUGUCCCUGAUGGAGUGCUAAAUGUUGUGAAUGGAUUUGGUGAAACUGCUGGUGCUGCAGUUGCUUCUCAUAUGGACAUUGACAAGAUAAGUUUCACGGGGUCUGCAGAGGUAGGGAGGCUAAUAAUGCAAGCAGCAGCAACAAGCAACUUAAAACCAGUCUCCUUAGAACUUGGUGGGAAAUCCCCACUCAUCAUUUUUGAUGAUGCUGAUGUUGAGGUAGCAGCUGAGCUUGCUCUUCAAGGUUGCAUGUUUAAUAAGGGAGAAAUUUGUGUGGCCAGUACUCGAAUUCUUGUUCAAGAAGGUAUUUACGAGGAGGUGGCGAAGAAACUAACCGAAAAGGCGAAAUCUUGGGUUGUUGGUGACCCUUUUGAUCCUAGAGUUCAACAAGGACCUCAGGUUGAUAAGAAGCAAUUUGAGAGGGUGCUUUCGUACAUUCGAAAAGGAAAGGAAGAAGGAGCUGAACUACUAGUUGGUGGUGAGGCUCAUGGUGAACAAGGCUAUUAUAUUUGCCCUACCAUAUUUUCUGAUGUCAAGGAUGAUAUGCAAAUAGCCAAGGAUGAAAUAUUUGGGCCUGUCAUGUCUCUGAUGAAGUUCAAAACCAUAGAUGAAGCCAUUAAACGAGCAAACGCUACAAAAUAUGGAUUAGCAGCUGGAAUAGUAACGAAGAACCUAGACAUUGCUAACACAGUUUCACGGUCAAUUCGAGCAGGAAGCAUUUGGAUCAAUUGCUACUUUGGUUUUGAUGACGAUGCACCUUUCGGUGGUUACAAAAUGAGCGGGUUUGGGAGAGAACACGGACUUGACGGGCUCUAUAUGUACACUCAAGUCAAAUCUGUCGUCACUCCUAUAUAUAACUCCCCUUGGCUGUAAAUUAUCAACAAUGUGGAUCUUUUCCAAACUCGAACAAGUUACAUUUUUCAGUUUGCUGGUUUGGGUUAUUGCAUAAACGAGUUUGUAAAAUGUUAUUGCUUGUAAUGUAUGCACCUUUGUUUUUCGGUCUUCAAUCAGGCACUAGUAUAUAAUCGAUAACUAGUUAAGAUAGUAAAGUUUGAAGGGAUUUUAUCCAAAAUAUUCUCGACUACAUCAUCUGCAUAUUUUGUACGAAUGAAUAAUAUCAAUCGAUAAUGGAAUAUUGGAAAUAUAGAAGGGAGUGGUGACAAAAUAUGGGAGUAUGGAACUGAUCGAAAGGCCGGUGCCCAUAAUUCAUUCUUUAUAUCCGUAGCCCAAAUGAUCGAAAGGCCGGUACCAAUACAAACCAAGCUCCAUAGAGUCCAUACCUACAACUCUACGACCAUCGCCAACCGACCUAACUGAAAAUUGUAGUAGUGCACUUUUGAUCCGUCUGGCUAUAACUUUUGAAUUUUGAUCCGUGCUCGCCCAUGGCCAGACGAGAGAUUAUGAAUAAUGAAUACGAAUUAGUAAAUUGCAAGUAAUUAAUCUUUAAUUUAUUCCUUUCUACCAAGUCAUUACUGAUUACACAGUACAUAUUCCAUGCCUAUACGGCUAUACCAACAACCCAAACC